AUGGAAGUAGACGUAUAUACCAUUGUCGAAGGCACGCGGCUGCCACUCAUUGAUGAAACAUCGGCUCUUGGAACUCGAGCACCAAAAGAUAGGUUGAUAGCAGUUUUGGAUCAAGUGGAGAUGCGCGUAGAAAGAUUGCGCCGUGAUACCGUGCGAAUCGAAGAGGAACGAGAUUCUUUAUUGUCAACUCUUGACAGUGUUAAGCAUUCAGAACUACUUGGUGAAAUAUCUGAAUGUGAUAAGGAUGAUAUAAUGCGAUACUCGGAACGUAUCUUGGCGCGAGCGAUGACUGUAGAGGUGGCGGUGCGCACUGACCGCGACUCGCAGCAAGAAGAGGCUCUGCAUCAGGUAAAUUUAUUCAUAGACCAGUUGGUAAUGUCCGUUCAUGAAGACGCUGUAACCGCACACACGCGCUGUCAGACCUACAUGAACGCCUGCACUUCUCAGCCCGAUCCCAGCAGUGGCACAGACAGAAACUUCGAGACCGCCAUUCUCGGCUGCACUUUAGAUGAUCAAAAACGUAUCAAAAAACGACUUCAAGGACUCUUGGAUUAUAUUGCGAAACUCAAUGUCACGUCGUACUCG